CAGACUCGGCGGGUCGAUCGUCCGGCGGCGGCAAAGGGCUCACGUCAGGAGGUUUGUUCCUACUGGCGAGCGGGACGGUGCAAUCGGAACCCUUGCCAGUUUCUACACCGAGAGUUACCGGGUCCGGGUUACUCGAACAAAAGGGUCGCCGACGAAUCUGGGUUUGCGGGUCCGAGUCACCGGAGAGGACCCGGGUUUAACGGGAACUCUAGUAAUAACUGGGGGAGGUUAGGUGGGAACAGGACGGUGACCAAGACGGAGAAGGUUUGCAGAUAUUGGGUGGAUGGGAGCUGUAGUCACGGUGAUAAGUGUAGAUACUUGCAUUGCUGGAGCAUAGGAGAUAGUUUCUCGCUGCUGACUCAGCUUGAUGGGCAUGAGAAGCUUGUGACUGGGAUUGCUUUGCCUUCUGGAUCUGAUAAGCUUUACACUGCGAGUAAAGAUGAGACCAUCCGUCUCUGGGAUUGUGCUUCUGGACAGUGUACAAGCGUACUCAAUCUUGGUGCGGAAGUUGGCUGUGUGAUUAGUGAAGGUCCAUGGCUAUUGGUUGGCAUGCCAAAUCUUGUGAAGGCUUGGAAUAUAGAAACCAAUGCAGACCAGAGUCUCAGUGGACCUAUUGGCCAAGUCUAUUCUCUUGUUGUGGGUACGGAUCUACACUUUGCAGGCACACAGGAUGGGUCUAUAUUGGCAUGGAGAUAUAGUGCUGCCACCAACUGCUUUGAACCAGCGGCAUCAUUGACUGGCCAUACACUUGGUGUUGUUACCCUAUAUGUUGGGGCCAAUAGGCUCUAUUCCGGGUCCAUGGAUAAAUCUAUUAAAGUUUGGAGCCUAGAUAAUCUUCAAUGUAUACAAACGCUCACGGAUCAUACAUCAGUUGUGAUGUCUCUUAUUUGCUGGGAUCAGUUUCUUUUGUCUUGCUCAUUGGACAACACUGUCAAGAUAUGGGCUGCAGUUGAAGGAGGCAACUUAGAAGUUACAUACACUCACAAAGAAGAACAUGGAGUGCUAGCUUUAUGUGGUGUACAUGAUGCAGAAGCAAAGCCGGUUUUGUUGUGCUCUUGCAAUGACAGUGCCUUACGUCUCUACGACUUGCCAUCAUUUACGGAGAGGGGCAAAAUCUUUGCAAAGCAAGAGAUACGGUCGAUCCAGAUAGGUCCAGGUGGCAUAUUUUUCACGGGUGAUGGAACCGGCCAAGUUAAAGUAUGGAAGUGGUCCACUGCUCCAACAACCGCGGCUAUGUCUUGAAGGAGUUCGAAAUCUUGUCAGAGUUCUUUCCUAUACGAUCUUCUUGUACCAUUAUAUAUAAGUUUCUCUAUGCCAUGUUAGGAGACAACUGGGAGAGUUUUGUCCAAUUUCAGCAUUGUCUAUCUUGUAACACUUUGUUUUGUAUGGUCAUAUCUGUCAUAAUAAAAGAUUUAUCUAUUCAAGAA